GUCUUGGCCUACAUAAAGGAAUGUUCCGACGAAUUUGUGAGAUAGCCGCCAAAUUCUAUAAAAGUAUGCACAAUGAUGAUGUUGCAUGUGGAAUACUUACUACACAAUUAAUUAAUUAUAAAAGCAGAGAUUACCCAUUCGACUUUGGUUACGAUUCAUCUAAAACACCUAGUUUAUGGUGGGGUGUAAUAGAGGAUGAUUACCUCUAUCUCCAGAAUCUUACAAAAGCUAUUUUUGCACUUCAUUAUUAUGGGAAAGAGUUGUCUGAAGGUGAACUACAUGAUAGUGUAUUAGAUUUAACUACUUAUGCUGAUAUGGAAAAUAAUAGUAUAGAAUUAGAACAAGAUGAAGAUGUUUUGGAAUCUGCUCAGUCAAAUAAUGACAAACUUGAAAUCGGCCUAAUAGUCGAUUUUUCACAUGCAAAUUUUGGUAGGCAAGGUAAUGCCGAAGAAUUAUCUUAUACAAAACAAAAAAGUAGUAAUAUAGAAUUCGAUCCUGUAGCAAUU